UUUUUCUCUGUUCCACCUGGAACGAUUGUCGGCGUUGAUCGUGCUUUCUUCCUCUUCUCUGUUGAGUCCAAGCCCUUUUCAAAAAACUAUUUCCUUCUUUAGUUACAGAGGCCAUGGAAUCGGCCAAUAAGUGCUUUUGGGGAGAGAGUACUGCUGCCUGAGAUAGGCCUCUCACCUUCAACAAUGUCGGCCCACGAUUUCCUUUUUUCUUUGUUAGGAUGAAUUUCAAUUUGCAGGAGAUUAAAUGUUAGCGAGAUUCUUACUUGCAGUUGUUGAUAAAUGACCAUAACUGCACGAACCCUCCUGCCGACCAUCGCUGGUUCAGGGCAGGAGGCAGUCCAGCGAGGGCCGUCAUUGCCCCUCGCCGGACGACCGGCCAGUCGAUCCUCACUGGCCGUCCAACAACGACGACUGAUUUGUUACAAGCUUAUCUGUAAAAUGUAAGGCGUCACAGUGCUUUACUCAAUGGUUACUCAAUUGAAUUGGUUGAGCUUGGAGUAACUAACCUUUUUAGUUCGAUUCUGUAAGUCUUACUUCUUUAAAUUAUAAACAGUGACAUGUAAAAUGAUCGAAUGGAAGGUUUUACCUUAUGAUUCUUGAAAACACAGUUCCGUUUGUAAUUGUAAAAUGAUCGAAUGUUGUACGAACCGCCAAUUAAAUUGGCUAGUUUACCAUCCAAUGGACGAGAAUCUUCUUGUUCAGGCCGACUUCAAUGACACCCGUUCCAACUGUGCGUGCAUGCGUCAAGGAUGGUAUACUUGUCACCGGCGAGCGGCAUCUUCAGCGCCAGCCGGAGCCUUUUUGCCGACGCCAAUGACUUCCGCUUCAGCCAUAGAGUCCAACAGCCCAAGCACUUCCAUUCACAGCUCAAGGCCGCUGCAGAGCCCAGCGAUGCAGCCAAUCUUUUGGCUUCCUCCGCGAACUCCGCCGACCAACCAAGCUUCCAUUUGGAGCCAGAGGAUCCGCACCCGAGCACCUGGAACGCCGCCAUUAGAGCCUCCCUCCGAGGCCAAGAUCCCCACCACGCUCUUCUUCUCUACCGUCAAAUGCUGACCUAUGGUUUCGUCCCUGACAAGCAUGUGUUCACUUCUGUGGUCAAGGCUUGCUCUUCCAUGGAUUCUGCGUUUGUGGAAGGCGUGGCCGUCCACGCACAGAUCAUUGUCUCCGGUUUUGGUUGCGACGCGUUCGUGGGCAGUGCCUUGAUCGGAAUGUACUCCGGGUGCGGUUGUCUUCGUGCUGCACGGGGAGUAUUUGAUGGAAUUGCUGAGAAGGACACGGCCACGAGGACAGCAAUGUUGACUGGGUACAUGGAGAAUGGCGACGUUGAGGGCGCACGGGAGGUGUUUGAUGAAAUGCCAGCGAGAGAUGUUGUGGCUUGGAAUGCUAUGCUAUCGGGUUAUGUCCAAUGUGGGUUAGCUUCAGAUGCUCUUGAGCUCUUUCACAGGAUGAUGCUCCUUAAGGUGGUGGUGCCUAACUAUGUCACCCUCGUUGCGGUGCUGUCGGCCUGCUCACAGCUGGGUUCUCUUGCUCAAGGAAAGUGGGUACAUGCUUUUAUUGAGAGAGCGAAGAUUAAAGGCUCUGUGACACUGGCAAAUGCUCUUGUUCACAUGUAUGCUAGAUGUGGUAGAUUGGAUUUUGCAUACAAUUUGUUUGUAAAUAAUGAAUUGAAGAACCUGGAAUCAUGGAAUGCCAUGAUCACAGGCUUUGCUGUACAUGGAUGUGGGACUUGUUCACUGUCACUCUUCUCACAGAUGAUCAAGUUAGGCUUGCAGCCUGAUAGGAUUACAUUCAUGGGUGUCCUUAUGGGCUGUAGCCACGCAGGUAUGGUUGACGAUGGUUGGAGAUGCUUGCUGAUUAUGAGAAGGAUGUAUAAGAUAGAACCAAGGGCAGAACACUAUGGAUGCAUGAUUGAUAUUCUGUCUCGUAGAGGGUAUCUAGCAGAGGCUCACAACUUACUAGAGAGAAUGCCAUUUGCCCCGGAUGUUUCUGUAUUGGGAGCCUUGUUGCAUGGGUGCCUGAUUCAUGGAUAUCACAAGAUGGGACUGCAUAUUGCAGAGGAAAUUAUCGAGUUGAUUCCGGAGGAUAAAGGUCGAUAUGUGACUUUGUCCAAUUUGCUGAUGAUGCUUGGUAACAGAGAAGCUGCUUUUGGCGUAAGGAGAUGGAUAGAGGACUCUGAGGUCACCAGAUCUUCAGGAAGUAGCACAAUCGAAAUCGAUGGAUCUGUUCAUGAAUUCAUAGCAGGAGACAGAUCCCAUUGCAGGACAGCAGAAAUAUAUUGGAUGAUAAAUUUGAUUCAUGACAGUUUGAGGCCCUCAGAGUACUUUCUUCCACAGUCUAUAUAGUAACACUGCCUGUCAAUAAGCUUGUGCUUGCAAGGUUGCAAUGGGUAGUCAUCAAUUGUUGAUACAAAUGACAGAAGCUCACUUACAGUUCUUUCUGUGAUGAAAAAGGUACGAACGAGAGAGUCAACCGGACCCAUUCUCCGGUACAGUGAAGAUCAUUGGUAGAUUGUGAUUGACGUCGGAGUUCAAUAGAUGCUUUUGUUUUUGAGGUGUUAAGCUUCAACACAUCAUUUGAUAUCUCUCUCUCUCUCAUUUGUUUUUGGAGGAAGUGAGAAAAAUCUCUAUCCUU